AAUAUCGGUGAUUCCACGAGCUUUGUAGUCUCUCUACCCCUCCGCCUCUCUCUCCCUCCCUCUCUUUCUGUGUUUCUGAAGGUCAAGUGCGCCAUAACCACACUGAGCCACCUCCAUCUUUCUCUUUUCCCUUCUAUUUUUCUCUAACCAGAGUAACCACCGAUUCCAUAAGUGUAUACAAACCUUCUUCAAGAUUCUCUGGGUUUUGCUUCGACCGAAAGCAAUGCCUGCUCAGAAGCGAGCUCUCGAUGUGGCGGAGGAUGAUCCUGCGCAAGAUAACCCCAACAACCACCAUGAACAACCGGAGCACGCUGAGGAAUCUGAUCGAAGCCCUUCGUCGAGUAACGGGGAAAACAAGGACGAACUUGUUGCAGUGAAACUGUCAGAUAUACGUAAGGAAGUACAAUGUCCAAUCUGUCUAGGGAUCAUUCGGAAAACUAGAACUGUAAUGGAAUGCCUGCAUCGCUUCUGUAGGGAAUGCAUCGACAAAUCUAUGCGGAUGGGGAACAAUGAAUGCCCUGCCUGCCGGACCCAUUGUGCCAGUCGUCGCUCCUUAAGAGAUGAUCCUAACUAUGAUGCCUUAAUUGCUGCUUUGUAUCCAGAUAUUGACAAGUACGAGGAAGAGGAACUGGCUUUCCAUGAUGAGGAAAUGGCUCGCAAUAAGCAGAUUCAAGCUUCCAUUGCACAAACUUUUCGGCGGCAAGCAGAAGCUUUGGGUAAGAAGCGGUCAACGGCUAAAGCCACUGCAGUUGCAUUUGUUAGGAGAUCACGGGGCUAUCGAAAUGCUCAUUUGAGAGGAAGGAGGAACUAUAGAAAUGCUGCUGAAAGUCAAGGAUCUGAUGAGAAUGAGGAUGCAAAUGGUAAUGAUGGAGGCAAAGAUUCAUCUUCCGCUGAUGAGCACACCGAAGUGAGACCAAAAAGAAGCAAAAGAUGGGGAGGGGCUCGAUUUCCUCAGGCUUCUCUGGCAGCUGCUGGUGCUGAUGGAGGUGGUGAUGAAAAUGAUUCUGAAGUGAAUAAAGAAUCUAAAGAAUCUUUAGGUGCAUCUGUUGGACUUGUUAGCAGCUCAGAAAGGCUUGCCUGGGGCAAAGGUGGCAUGCGGAGUCACACACGAUAUGGCAGUAUGAGUGGCGGAAAUGGUAAAAGUGCUCGAAACAGCCGCCUGUCAAAACUGGUUGAUUAUCUACGGAUCAUAGACAAAAAUGACGAUGAGUCGACUAUCAACCUCAUGCUCGUUUCAUUUGAUGAGCAAAGUAUACCCAGUUUGGAGAGACCCUACCUUUGCUGCAGGCCUACCCUGUCAGUUAGACAGCUGUGCCAGUAUGUAGCCAUGCAAACUGCAACCCAAGAUGAUGAAGUAGCAAUACACCUGGUAAAAGAAUUGCAUUCAAAAAUCAACCUUUCGACCUCUGCAAGUUCUCCACUGGCCAUGUCCCGUAUAAUUGAUCCAGGCAAAGACAAGUUGCAAAUCUUAGGGGAGGAGGAAACUUUGGCAGGACUUGUACCUAACAACUUCAUUCAUGGCUAUUUGCUACUGGCAUACGAGAGAAAGUCGUGGAACUCGAAUCUUGUGACGGGUUUGUCCUAAAGAACAAGCUCUCUCAUCCUCUUCGGUUACCAAAGUUAUGGUACAUAAUUAUACUCCCAGUCAAUGGAGAUCUCAGGUAAUAGAGUUUGAAGAAGUCGAGAGAUGCAUUAAGUGGACACAACGACUUGUCUCCAUCCAGCUUAUUACUACUUAUCAAGGUUCGAUAUUGUUUCAUGUACGUCCGCAGAUCAUUCAAAUUUUGCUUUCAAGCAAUCUGUGGCUUGGAACCGCCGACAACACACGCACCCAAGUUCAUAUGUUAACGUGGCUCAUGACUUGCAUGAAAACGUACUGUUUACAACUGACUAUUUUACUCUCAUGAGUUGUGUACAAUGAUGAUUCACAUCCCAGUUUUUACACA